AUGUAUCGAGUCCAAGUGGCAGCCGCUACUACAGUUCUUGGUGGACUCAUUCAGGUGAUGCUUGGGACAGUAAAGUUUGGCUUUGUGGGAACUUACCUGGCUGAGCCUCUGGUGCGGGCCUACACCACUGCGGCUGCAAUUCAUGCUGUGAUUGGACAAAUAAAAUACAUAUUUGGAAUAUCACCAAUGCGAAUCAGUGGGCCUCUGUCACUUGUCUAUACAUUUGGAAAUAUAUGCACCCUCCUUCCUCAGUCUCAUUGGCCAACUGUAGUGGUCAGUGCUGUGUCUAUAGUGUGCCUUGUUCUCGCCAAGGAGCUCAGUGCUUUUCUGCGUCCGAAGCUGCCUGUGCCAAUUCCUGUGGAGCUCAUCACAGAGUUGCUGGCAUUAGGAUUAAGUAAUACAGUCGGGGGCUUGUUUCAGUGCUUUGCUGUUUGUCCAUCUAUGUCCAGAAGUCUUAUACAGGAGGGCACUGGUGGGAAAACUCAGAUGGCGAGUUUGGCCUCAGCCGUGAUUGUAUUGAUUACCAUAAUGAAGCUUGGUCCAUUGUUCAAGGAACUCCCAAAGGCAGUUCUUGCUGCUAUUGUUCUUGUUAAUCUCAAAAGUAUGUUCAAGCAAUUUUCUGACGUUGCAACACUGUGGAAAAGAAGCAAAAUUGAUCUGUUAAUAUGGCUGGUCACUUUGGUAUCAACUCUCCUCUUCAAUCUGGACAUGGGCCUGGCCGCUUCUAUUGCAUUUGCUGUUCUAAGCAUUGUUGUCAGAACUCAAAUGCCAACAUAUUCUAUCUUGGGAAACAUUCGAGGGACUGACCUGUAUGUGGACAUGGAAUCUCAUGAUCAGGUAAGAGAGAUCCCUGGUAUCACAAUAUUCCACUCAUCUGCUACAAUCAAUUUUGCAAAUGCAGAAUUAUACCUCGAAGCUCUUCAAGCAAAGAGUGGACUCAACAUCGGCAAAAUGAUUAUAUAUAAGAGGAGGCAAGAGGCAAAACAAAGGCGUAGAGAAAGAAGGGCAGAAAGACGAGCAAAAAGGGAAGCUAAAAAAGAGAAGAGACGGACCCAGAGGGCAACUGAGCAGCUGGCUGGUGUCCCUGUGUUUUCGGUGGAGGAGGAGGCUGAACAAUGGCGGGGUAUGGGCGUGGAUAACGUUAGUGCAGUAGAGAAUGAAGUUGAGAAAAUUGCACAGAGAGAAAAUGGCACAGUGUUCGUAAUGCCAACCACUCCAAAGACUCCCAACAAUGAGUCCAGAUGGGAGUACCUAAAGGGAGGAGCAGAUCCAGAAAACACCAGCUUAGGUUGGUUAUCAGAGCUGCCGGAAGGGGACACCACCACUCUGGGUUCCAGCAGUGAAGACACACUCAGUCAGGAUCUGGAGAGGAUCUCGCUUGGGUCUUUGGGAAAAUGGACCUGGGAUAUCCACUCCAUUAUUCUAGACCUGUCCAGAACUAACUUCAUUGAUACAGUGGCCAUAAAAACAAUUCAAAAUAUUUUUCAAGACUUCAGUGAGAUUGAUGUGGAUAUCUACUUGGCUGGGUGUCAAACAACUGUGGUGGAACAGUUCGAAAGAGGCGGAUUUUUCUCUGAAACCAUCACAAAGAAGCACCUUUUUGUCACUGUUCAUGAUGCUGUACUCUUCAGUCAGAAUCAUCAUGGAGCAACAACUUCCAGUAGAUAUGAGCCAUCUUUGGACAUCUGCAUCAGCACAGAGCUUUAG